UUGGUUUUGAAUUCCAACCUAUAUGUACAUAUAAGCCGGUAAUCUGCAUUGUACUUAAGUACAACGCUUGGCAUCUUGGCCCUUUAUCGCGUUAGUAAUACUUGACUAAUGUCAAUUUCUAAUGUUUUUUUUGAAUGAUAAGCGGGCACACUUUUUUCGUCUCGUUACUACAGUAACUGAAUCUCAAAUAGUGUCGUGCAGGUUGUAACUAAGGUAUCAAAAGACAAUCAUCAAAAAUGGAUAAUUUUGAUGCUGAUCAAAAGUCCAAGGACUUGGAAAAGGAGUAUCUUGAUUUCUUAGAUGACCAGGAAGAUCAAGGUAUAUACACAAAUCUAGUGAAAAAUAUGAUUGAGGAGAAAAAAUAUCGCUUGAUUGUAAAUGUUAAUGACUUAAGAAGAAAAAACCCAGCUCGCGCUACAGAUUUAUUGAACAACUCUUUCGAAGAAAUAGUGCCCUUUCAAAGAGCAUUGAAACUAUUUGUAUCAAGCAUCGAGCCAGACUAUGCUAAGGGACAGGUAGAAUUUUUUAUAGGCCUUGAGGGUAGCUUUGGCAAUAAACAUACUACACCUAGGACACUAACUUCAAGAUUCUUAGGUAACAUAGUGUGCGUCGAGGGAAUUGUUGUUACAUGUUCACUUGUUAAAGUUAAAGUGUUGAGGAGUGUUCACUAUUGCAGUGCAACAAAAAGUACUGUUGAAAGAGCAUACAGCGAUUUAACUUCUUUUGAUGCAUUUCCUGCCUCAAGUGUGUAUCCUACUCAGGAUGAAGAUGGAAAUCCACUAGAAACAGAAUACGGCAUAUCAACUUACAGAGAUCACCAAACCAUUUCUAUUCAAGAGAUGCCAGAAAAAGCUCCAGCAGGACAAUUGCCUCGCAGCGUUGAUGUUAUUUGUGACGAUGAUUUAGUUGAUCAGUGUAAGCCAGGUGAUCGUGUUCAAAUUAUUGGAAAUUAUCGCUGUCUUCCAGGCAAAAAAGGAGGCUACACUACGGGCGCUUUCAGGACUAUUUUGAUAGCUAACAACAUUUCUCAACUGAGCAAAGAGUCAACGUUGAGUAUUUCACACGAUGAUGUGACAAUGUGUAAAAAGUUUGCCAAAAAUAAUCCACAGAAAAAUAUUUUUGAACUUUUGAGCAAAUCUCUUGCUCCUUCUAUUCAUGGUCACGAAUAUGUCAAAAAAGCAAUAUUGUGUCUAUUAUUGGGUGGCAACGAAAAGAUUCUUGCGAACGGUACCAGACUAAGAGGGGACAUAAAUGUUUUGUUGAUCGGGGACCCGUCCGUAGCAAAAUCACAGUUGCUGCGCUACGUGCUAAACAUCGCGCCUCGUGCUAUAACGACCACUGGUCGUGGUUCAUCUGGGGUUGGCCUGACAGCUGCCGUGACAGCGGACACAGAGACUGGAGAACGCAGACUGGAAGCUGGUGCCAUGGUGCUGGCCGAUCGAGGUGUCAUUUGCAUUGACGAGUUUGAUAAGAUGUCGGAUAUCGACAGGACAGCCAUACACGAGGUCAUGGAACAAGGCAAAGUCACCAUUGCCAAAGCAGGCAUUCAAGCUAGUUUGAAUGCACGGUGUUCUGUACUAGCAGCUGCCAAUCCCGUUUAUGGCCGAUAUAACCAAUACAAAUCUCCAAUGGAAAAUAUUGGUCUACAAGAUUCGCUUCUCUCACGUUUCGAUCUACUAUUUGUCAUGCUGGACACCAUAGACGCAGAGACUGACCAUAUAAUCGGCGACCACGUCGUUAGGAUGCACAGAUAUCGAAAUCCAUCGGAGCAAGAAGGCGAAGUUUUGCCUUUUAAUACUGGAUUAGAUUUCUUAAGUACAAGAAAUCCCGAUGCCGACGAAAUGCAAGAAGAAGAAACCCAAAUUUUUGAAACAUACGAUUCUCUUUUGCAUGGUCUGUCGCGUAAAAAAAGCGAUCAAAUACUCACGAUCAACUUUAUGAGAAAAUACAUACACAUUGCUAAGUGCAUGAAGCCUAAGUUAACCGAAGAGGCUCGAGAGUGUAUUGCCGAUGAAUAUGCGCGUCUUAGGUCGCAAGAAAAUUUAGAUUCCGACGUGGCUAGGACGCAACCAGUAACUGCACGCGCAUUGGAAACGUUGAUUCGCUUGUCAACAGCUCACGCGAAAGCUCGUCUCUCAAAGUCUGUUAUGAUGGAAGAUGCUCAAGCGGCCAUUGAAUUAGUGCAGUACGCAUAUUUCAAGCGAGUCUUGGAGAGAGAAAAAAAGAAACGACGAAGGAAAGACAGUGAUGUUGACACCGAUGAAGAUAAUAUUGAAGAUGAGGUUGAGGUAAGAAAGAGCAAGCGUACGAAGGUAGUUAGUACCUCACAAGAUGAACAGGGCGACGAUCCUUUCGCUUAUGUUGAAGAUGAGAGCAUUCACGGAGAUAUCCCAAGUCUUCGUGAAAUUUCUGAAGAGAGACUUCAAGUAUUUAGAAAAUUCCUGUCUGAACUGUUCAAAAGUAAGAAUUCGGAUAAUUUGCCGAAACAGCUGGUCUUUGAUGAAAUCAGUAAACAAAAAGUCACUCCUUUCACGGUCAGGGAAGUUAAAUUAAUCCUUCAAAAAAUGACUGAUGAAAACCAAAUUAUGAUCACCGAUGAUGAUGGUAUGAUCCAGUUAAUUUAAAUUACCUAAUCAAUACGGCAACGAAAACAUGUUCGCAUAUAAAGUCUUGAAUUUUUUAAUUUUGUACAAUUACUGCAAGCUAUAUAAAUAAAUUUGUUAAAUGUAUUUAUAUCAACCAAUAGAAGUAAUCUCUGUUUUUUCUUAUA